AUGGUAAUUGGGUUCUUGAAGAAAUACAUCUUCACCAGAUAUAGCACACCGCGGGCAAUAAUCAGUGAUAGGGGUAAACAUUUUUGCAAUCGCCAAUUUGAGCAAUUAUUGAGUAAAUAUGAGGUUAAAAAUCGAGUUGCAACCCCAUAUCAUCCUCAAACCUGCGGGAUAGCAUUCAAGACACCGAUAAGCAUGUCUCCAUUCCGCCUAGUCUUUGGAAAAGCAUGCCACCUUCCAUUGGAAAUAGAACAUCGGACAUACUGGGCUAUGAAACAAUUGAACAUGGAUUUGAAAAUCGCCGGUGAAAAGCGUUUAUUGCAACUCAAUGAGUUAGAUGAAUUAAGAAUGGAAGCAUAUGAAAACUCGAAGCUUAUCAAAGAACGCACCAAAACGCAAAAAGUCCUGUUAUAUAACUCGAGGCUCAAGCUUUUCCCUGAAAAAUUGAGAUCAAGGUGGUCGGGCUCCUACACUAUCACUAAAGUUCUGCCAUAUGAAGCUAUACAGGUCAGCCAUGGAAUAAAAGAAACAUUCACAGUUAAUGGGCAAAGGUUGAAACACUAUUGGGGCGGGGAUUUCUCAAAACAAAAGUCCACCAUUCAACUCGGAACACCAAAUUGA